UGUUAUAAAUAAAAGACGAACGCAUGAUUCGAACAUUAUGUACUCUGACAUCAUUGUAGCUUAACGUUUUAAAUAUGGCGUCCUAUUUGGUUCCUGUAUGUUUUUUGUUAGUGGUUUUAACUAUUGUUUCUUCUGCACCACCUGAUGAUAAACCUUUGGAUUGUCCAGAAAACGAAGAAUACUAUUACUGCAAACUAUUCCGUUGUCAGAGGAGUUGCGAUGACUUUAAGGAACAAACUCCAUGUCUGCCUCUAGCGCCCGGGUGUCAUCUGCCAGGGUGUGAAUGUGUGAGCGACUACUAUAGGAAUAAGGAUGGCAAAUGUGUGCCAGAAGCCGAAUGUUAAAAUAACGCAAAAUAUUAAAUGAAGACGAUCAAUAUUAACUUUAAAUUUCAACCGAGAUGUAAGAAGAACUGUAUGUGUUUGUCAGCUUUCUAGAAGAAUGUUGACAUCUGUUUUGUGAUAAAGAUAAUUAUUGUAAUUUUUUUAUUUAAAUAAAUCCACUAACAAGAAAAA